AUGUCUACAGCACCGUCUGCUGCCUCUUCGUCAGCGCUCACAACCACAUCCGCCGCACCGGCACUGCCUGACCGUCCAUCCACGCUCAGCUCCACAGCCGCGGGUACAGGCGCGUACGGCGCUUCUGCGUACAACUCUCCCUAUCGCUCCACCGUUGGCGGUCUCGGCUCCACCUACGGCGGUAUGGGCUCGACAUAUGGCACAUCGUAUGGCUCACCUUACUCUAGAUACGGUGGGAUGAGCAGCAUGGGUGGUAUGGGUUAUGGCGGAUACGGUGGCUACGGCAGCUACGGAGGGUACGGCGGCGGAUAUGGAGGCUACGGAGGGUAUGGAAUGGGCAUGGGAAUGGGCAUGGGCAUGGGUGGUAUGCCAGGGAUGCCAGGUCAGCCGGGCGAUGUCUCGUUGACCCAACGCAUGGAGUCAGGCACGCAAGCUACGUUUGAACUCAUCAGCAGCAUCGUCGGCGCAUUCGGAGGAUUUGCUCAGAUGCUCGAGAGUACCUUCAUGGCGACGCACAGCAGCUUCUUUGCCAUGGUCGGCGUGGCGGAUCAGUUUGCGAGUCUGCGCAACUACCUCGGUCAGGUGCUUAGCAUCUUUGCGCUCGCUCGCUACCUCAAGAACUUGGGACUGCGAUUGGUCGGCAAGGCACCCGCGGUCGAGCUGGAUGCUCGCGAAUUCAAAGAAUUUGCCGCGCACGGUGCCAACGCUCAACCGGGCAACAAGGCGGCUCGCCCCAGCAAGCGUCCGCUCAUCGUCUUCUUCAUGGCGGUCAUCGGUCUUCCGUACCUCAUGGGCAAGCUCGUGCGUUUCAUCACCGCAAAGCAGGAGGCAGAACGACAGCGUCUCGAGCAGCAAGGUCAAAACCCAGGCCAGCUCGGCAUGCUGCCAGGACAGCAAGGUGGUGGUAUGAUCUCGGCAAACGGCGAGGCUAACGGAGAAGCCAUCGAUCCGAGCAAGCUCAGCUUCGUGCGCGCUCUGUACGCCUACCCUGCGGCAGACCCGUUGGAGCUGAGUCUGCAGCCGAACGACAUCGUAGCCGUGCUCAGCAAGCACGACCCGCAGACGGGCGCCGAGAGCGCGUGGUGGAGAGGUAGGACCAGAGACGGAAGGAUCGGUUGGUUCCCCAGCACCUAUGUCGAGUCGCUCGAGUCGGCCAAAGAGCGCGCUGCGAAAGCGUCAGCGGCUGGGACCACGUCGACGAAAGCAGCAGAGUCGAACGAAAAGGCUGCAGCACCAAAACCUGCUGCUGCUGCUGUCAAGGCGACAUCGUAA